GCGAUAAUAAGACGCGCAACGUGGGCGGCGCGUGGAGGAGGAGGAGACGGAUCCACGGCGGAGGCAUCACGGCGGAUCCGCGCACGGGUCAGACGCCGGAUGAGGAGCUGGAGGAGCAGGACGCUGCAGGAGGACGCUGCGGAGUUGCGUUGGACAGGGAGCUUCUGUGCGCAGUGAGUGUGAUGGUGCGCGUGUCCCCGAGGUGCGGUCUCCAGUUUAACGCGCAGUGACGACUUCAGCAGACACCCAGGGGGAAAGCGAGAGGACCGGGGAGGACACCUCAUCCACCCGCUGGCCGAGGGGGACAUCUCUGUCUCCGUGACUGGACCAUCGCCUCUGGUUUCAUCCGGAGACCAUCACGUGGAGACCUCGCUCCCCAAACACACCUCGUCUCCGGGUAAUGCGACUUCCCCUGCGCGCGGAGCCUCGGAGGACCGCUCCUGUGCAGGGUGCAGGACGCACAACAUCCCGGGAACUCCUCACAGAAACACCUCCAGUUCACCCGGGAUCAUGAUGUGAGGAACUAACAGGUCUGGAAAUGCGUCGCAAAGGCUUCAUCCUGCUCCAGGUGUGUGCCGUCGUCAGCCUCCUGCCGUCAGCCGCCUCAGCGGAUCUGACGUGCGAAGCUCUGCUUAUGCUGUCAGGGAAUUUCUCAUUACAGUCCCUGGCGGCCUCCUGGAACCAAACCCUGGGCAACGCCACAGGUCAGUGGAGCGGCUCUGGACUCUACUGCGACACCUCCAUCGAUGGCAUCGGCACCUGCUGGCCCAGGAGCGGCGUCGGCCAGAUGGUGUCGCGACCCUGUCCAGAGAUGUUCCACGGGGUCAAAUACAACACCACCAAUAACGUUUACAGGAACUGUCUCUCGAACGGGACAUGGGCGCUGAAGGGGAACUACUCCAUGUGCAAGGCCAUCCUGGAGGAGAAAAAGUCCAAGAUGCACUACCAGAUCGCCGUGAUCAUAAACUUCCUGGGUCACUUCAUCUCCAUGGUGGCUCUGCUCGUCGCCUUCUUCCUCUUCUUGUGUCUGAGGAGCAUCCGCUGCCUGAGGAACAUCAUCCACUGGAACCUCAUCACCGCCUUCAUCCUGAGGAACGCCACCUGGUUCAUCGUCCAAAUGACCAUGAGCCCCGAGGUGCACGAGAGCAACGUGAUCUGGUGUCGCCUCGUCACCGCCUCCUUCAACUAUUUCCACUCCACCAACUUCUUCUGGAUGUUCGGCGAGGGCUGCUACCUGCACACGGCCAUCGUCCUCACCUACUCCACCGACAAGCUGCGCAAGUGGAUGUUCAUCUGCAUCGGCUGGUGUAUACCGUUCCCCAUAAUCGUGGCGUGGGCCAUUGGAAAGCUCUACUACGACAACGAGAAGUGCUGGUUCGGGAAGCGAGCCGGUGUUUACACUGAUUACAUCUACCAAGGUCCCAUGAUCCUGGUGUUAGUGAUAAAUUUCAUUUUCCUCUUCAACAUCGUGAGAAUCCUGAUGACCAAGCUGCGAGCGUCCACCACGUCAGAAACCAUCCAGUACAGGAAGGCUGUGAAGGCGACGCUGGUGCUGCUCCCUCUCCUGGGAAUCACCUACAUGCUGUUCUUCGUCAACCCCGGCGAGGACGAGAUCUCCCAAAACGUCUUCAUCUACUUCAACUCGUUUCUGGAAUCCUUCCAGGGCUUCUUUGUGUCGGUGUUCUACUGCUUCCUGAACAGUGAGGUGCGUUCGGCGGCGAGGAAGCGUUUCCACCGGUGGCAGGAGCAGCACUCCAUCCGGGUCCGGAUGACGCAGGCCAUGUCCAUCCCCACGUCCCCUUCACGGGUCAGUUUCCACAGCAUCAAGCAGUCCACGUCGCUAUGAGAGCCUGGUCCUGCCGCGCGCACACACACACACACACACACACACUUUGAGGUGUGUUUUCUGCCACAUCACUGGAGUUCACUGAAACACUUAACGAGCCGCGGCUCCACAGCACGAGAGCGAGAGCCUGCGUCCGGCUGCUGAACCUCAGGAGGGACAUUACACGUUGGACUCUGAGGAAUGAGGACGCUGAGGACUUUGAGACCGGAGGUUAGUGGAUCAGGAGAUGCACGUGACCGAGCUGGGUUUGAAUGUACAGCACUCCAUUUCCUGUCCUGUUUAUCUGCCAUAGGAAUUCUUUGUUGUAUUCCUGCUUUUACUUUGCUGCUGCCACUGGACUGCACUGACCUGGGUCCACCGCGGCAGACACUGGACUCAAAGCUACUCAAAUCUUAUUGUUUAGAUUUUUAUUUUCAGUUUAGUUUUUUUACAUUGCGUCGUCACAGCGAUUGUGUGAUCACUGUGUUUGUGUUGAUUUGGUGUUGUGCGAUCCUCCUCAGUUCCCUGUCAGCUUGGUGCAGUCGUGCUACUUUCAUCAACUUUCCAGAGGGUUAAACUCAUUCCUGACUUUCUACCUGAAGAGAUUUUGUUCCAGAAUAAUAAUUCUACAUGAGUAGAAGGGUUAGUGGCUUGUUUUCUUUCUGAAAAUUCAACGAAUUCAACUGUAAGUAAAGAUGGAUGAAACAACUUCCUCCCACUACACAAAUUAUCCUCUGAGAAAUCAACCCAAAUGUCCAAAAAACUAAAAAAUUCUGGAUUUGUUCCUAUAUGCGAGUUCUCUCUCGGCCCAGGUCUCAUCCUCCCACCAGCUUCUGUGGGAAAUUGUUCUGGAUUUGUUGAGAAAUAACAAACAAAUAAAGGAACCAGGGUGAAAACACAACGUCCCUGGCGGAGGAAUGAAGGUGGUGUGAUGUGAGGAAGCUAAUGACGAUUUUUGUCAAACCUCUAUAAUAUUUACUUUCACAUUCAUGGUUGAAUUUGAUGUGGAACAAACCUCUUCAGCUAAAUACAGACUUACCUCUUGUUGCGUCUCCAGCAGCGAGAUCCAGGGAACCAUGAGCGCAGGAGGAUCUGUGGAGGAUCUGUGAAGGCGUUCGCUCGACGUGACGUUUGAGCAGUUUACUGAUUUCUUGUAAAUAUAAAUUAUGGCGCGGGGUGUUUAAAUAAAAUCCAGUGGAGUCGACACAGAUAUGAACCAAAACAGGAAAAACAGACAAACCACACACACUGUAAAUCAUACGGGCACAUUCUCCAUGUGGUCGCUCACAGUCCACAUUCCGACCGGCUUGCCUCACGCCUGUGCUUUUCUACCAACUGCUGUUUUUGUCAAAUUGUACAUCGUCUUUCUUUUUCCGUCACCCUGACGUCGUGUUGUUGUUUUUGUUGUCAUCCUGUCACAUGAUGUUUGAGUUCUGGUUGUGAUCAAAUGUCAGAUUCGUAGACUGUGAACAAAGAUGGACGAUGCGUCUCCACUUCCUCGCGCUGUCUAGAAAUGAAGCUCUAAUAAAACUCUGGUGCCAUCUUGAACAUUUGGCACCAGAGUCAGUUGUGAGGGUGGAGCCGCGAUAAACGUGCUCGGCCAAUCAGGAGUCAGUCUCAGCUGUCAAUCAUGACGUCUCGGCCUGUUUUUAUAUCAUCAAAUAAUUCAAACUAAAACAUGACAAACAUCAGUGUGAGAAGAACCACCUGAAAUGACAGAAACCAU